AGUUAGUCAGUUUAAGAGAAGCUAUCAUUAAACACCACAUCUUCACAGCAAAAUACAGUAAACUGGACAGAAAUAAAGAUGAAUAUAAAAGUAGUUGUGGUAGUUGUUCUAAGUUUAGUGAUACUGGUUUCAGCAAAACCAAAUAAAAAGGGAAAGAAGAAUGACAAGAGCCUCCUUGAGCAGUAUAUUGAACUCUGUGAAGGUCUUCAAGAUGGAGAAAUAGAAAACACUGAAGCAAAAUAUGAUGAUGUGUUUACACAAUUUAAUACGACAUGUACCGAUAUCUUAAAGUAUAAAGAGGAGGAAGAGAUCAUCGAAACGCUUGCGAAAAAAGGUAAUAAAGGCGGUAAAAAGGGAGGAAAAGGAAAAGGCGGGAAGAAAAAUAAAGGAAACAAGGCAGUGGAGAGAUUAAUGGCAAUUUGUAUCUCCAUUGGAGUUCAAAAUUAUCUUGAAUCCUUUCCAAAUGACACACCGAAUGAACUUGAAGACAUCUAUGUAAAUGAUACCUACCCAAUAUGCCAAGAAGCAUACAGGAUAAAAACAGGAGGAUAUGAAGUUGGGCUCAUCAAUCUUUGCAAAAGUCUUGAAGCAGGUGAAGUUGAAAACACGAACCCGAAAUACAAGACAUGGUUUGACUGGGUUGAAUCUGAUUUAUGUGACUUUUAUAACUUGACAGAAGAAGGGGAUGGUAUAGCGAGUGAUGCUGAAAUAAUGCCUAGAAAAAUUAAGGAAAAUGCAGACAAGAAAGGCGGUUCGGAAGUAAAUGUCGCGAUAGUUAUGCUGUCCCAGUCCUGUAUAAGGUUGAAAGCAGAACAGCCUCAAAACUUUACAUCGGAAGACAAGAGAAUUAUGACUGCGAUUUUUAAUGGCAUUUGUAGCAUGGUACUUUAUGAUGGACCCGACAAUGGACUUUCUGUUCUAUGCAACGGCCUUGACUCUGGUGAUAUCAAGGAAAACAAGAACAAAAAGUACAAAAAGCCGUUUAAAAUGCUAGAACCAGUAUGUGAAGACAUACUAGAAGAAGAGAACAAGGAAUACGCUGUAAAACAAACAGCUAAACAGGAGAGCAAGAAGGGAGGUGGCAAAGAAGGAAAAGGUGGCAAAAAGGGAGGUAAGGGUGGAAAGAAAAAAGAUAAAAUGGGAGAGGCUGUCAUUAAGCUUAAAGAGUACUGUCAGUGGAUAGUGAUGCAUACGACAGUAGGGCUUCCCGUUGACUUUCCAGUAGAUUUGAGAGUCCGAUUCAUGAAAAUGGAAAGUGUCUGUAAAGGUUUAAACUAACAGAAACAGGACAUCGUGUACAGACGAUAACUGAAAAUCUGACAGAAAAAGCAACA